ACUCAGUGUCAGUGUGCAGUUGCAGUGUGCAGUUCUUCCAAAAGCUUCUCUGGUCAUUCCUACCAGCUCAUCCCAUCCCAUCCACCCACCCCAUCCACUCAUCCACACACUCCAAGCCAGCCUGCCUGCCUGCUUGCUGUCUCUCUCCGGCUACCUCAUCGUGCGGCGACUUUUGGAUACCUCCAGCCAGCCAUGAGCCCUGGAGCUCCGAACCCGGACAAGACGAAGAUGAAGCAGCCCCUGGGUGGUGGCCGGUUAGGGGGCACGCCGACCGGCAGCACGGACCGCGGGCUUACGGACCCCAGGCUCACGGACCCCAGGCUCGGGGAGUCCCAGGAGCCUCCGCCCCUGAAGAACUACAUCUUGCUGACCAUCUUCACCUGCUUCUGCCCGGCCUGGCCCAUCAACAUCGUGGCCCUGGUGUUUUCCAUCAUGUCGCAGAGCAGUUACGAUGACGAAGACUAUGAUGGCGCCCAGCGGCUGGGGAAGAAAGCUCUACACAUGGGCAUCGCCUCCUUCAUCAUCGGCAUCCUCGUCAUCAUUGCAUUCACCAUCGUCCACUUCACAACGAAAGUCAUUUGAAAACACGCGAGGAACUGCACACAUGUUCACAUACGUACGUGGAGGAGUACUGUGCUAUUCUCACCAAAGGGAUCGAUGCCUGUGGACACAUCUCAAAGACUGGAGCCCCACACAGUGGGGCAGGCCCUGGCUUUCUCGCUGUCUUCCUCUCCUCUGGUCUUUUCUUUUUUGCUUUGUUCUGUUCUGUUCUUCUUUUUUCUUUUUCUCUCCUCCAAAUAUCGCUUUUCUCUAACUCUCUGCCUGCUACAAAGAGACUGUGGGCAGGCAGUGUUUUAUUUUUACCGUUGAACACACUGAGAAUUCUGAUCAUCCUUCCACGACUGCGGGAGGGAGAGAGGGAAGCACGUGCAGGCCGAUCUUCAUACUCUGAUGCUCCAGCUGAAGACUUUGGUUUGACAGAGGUGCUGGACAAGUGAGGAUGCAGUUGCCUUUCCCUGCAGUAUCACGUCUAAUGCUUACCCUUUACUAAUUCCAGCUCAUCCCCCACAACAUGUAUCAAUCAAUCAAUCAAUCAA